AUGAGCCGCUCCGCCGCGUCGGAGCUCACGCCGCUGCUCAAGCCCAGCGACAACGUGCACCUCCCCGUCUCGUCUCCCUCGCACUCCUCCGUCUCCUCUAUCUCUCUACCCGCUCAUCUCCCGCGUUGGUUCGUGCUUGCCGCGCUCCUCAGCGCUCUCUUGACUCUUCUAUGGCUCGUUCUGCUCGCUUUAGGUCCUCAAUUGGCUCUCCAAAUGGACGUGACGUUCUACCUAUACGCUGGCGUCCUCAACUCCUUAUUGGGCAGCUUCCUCUCUGCCAGUGGCUACUGCUGUCAAAAGUACGCACACGUCCGUGUCGCACAUAACGCUGCACUCGGGACAGCUCCAAUGCAGACAGUGUUCCAAGCUGGUGUCUUUCUAUUAGCUAUGGGGACCGUCUCGGCUAUCAGUAACCUCGGGAUCCUCGGUCAAGCUGUUCAAGCACCUUUUGCAGCACUCACGCUCAUCUACAGCGCGUUGCUCGGACGCUUUGUCCUGUACGAGAGCUUUGGACGCUACGACCUCCUCUCGAGCGCGCUCAUUAUUAUGGGCGUCAGUGUUGACGUGUACGCGGCGCAACUCGCCCACGUGGCGCACAGGUCGUACACGCUACAGUCCCUGGGACAGCUGUUGACGAGGAACUCGGUCUGGCCAUUGGGGUACACGAUCGUCACGCUCACGUACGCGAUGGUACUGCUCCGACGCGUGCAGUCGGACAAGCUGCAGCGUCACUCGAGCGGACUGCUGGCUUUUAGUUCUUGUGCUGGUAUCAUGGCCGGCUUUACGUCGCUUGCGACCAAGUCGGUCGUUGAAGUCACCAAGUCGGCGUUGAAACGUCACGAGUGGCUGGUGUUUGUGAACCCGUGCUUUGCUUUGCUGGCCAUUGCGAUUCCAUGUGCACUUGUGCCGCAGCUUUUCUUUCUCAACAAGGGGUUGGAGUUCUUUGGCACGCUCAAGUUCAUCCCGUUGUAUCAAGCUUUCAUCAUUCUUGGCAACAUGGGCUGCGGCAUGGUCUUUUACGACGAGAUGGCCAGCUACAGCUCGAUAGCACUGACAUGGUCCAUGGGUGGCAUCGUGAGCACGAUCUGCGGCGUGGGUGUACUGCUGGUCAAAGUUAACGACGAGCUUGGCGGUGCAGACGUCCGACGUUUAAAUGCAGUGAGGGCAGUGGACCAACCCAUGGAUGAGUUGCUCGACUGCAAAGACAACGUCAAGGCAAGAUUCGACACGGACUUUACGUUCGAACAGAUGGAGUGGGCUACUGAUUGUGACAAAUUGACGUCCAACAAUUUGCGCGUGUGCCGCGAUUUCCGCGAGUGUCAAGAAGCUAUUGUGGAGCUACUGGUGUCUGCGCGCAAGUCGAUUUACUACUCGACAUUCUUGUGUGACUUCAACCAAGUUCUCCACACGACAAGUGACGAGCACAAAGGCAGCACAUUCGUGUCGCUUGUGCGUGACGCCGUGAAGCGUGGAGUUGACGUCCACGUCUUGUACAAUCCCGUGCGUGACUACGGAACGAACUCGAUCGCGGAUUUGCGUCGCAUUUUGCCUCAAGAAGUGCACGUUGCUUGCUCCGUGAGCGAUCUGGGUCCGAGCUGGUUCACCCGCCACUUAUCAAACAAUUCUAGGUAUGCUUUUCACCAUCAAAAGUACAUUUGCGCUGACGAGGAGACCAUCAUGGUUACUGGCUGCGACGUGAACACUGAGCGGGAGGGCUGGUUGCUCAAAAAUCAUCUCGGAUACUAUUGGCAUGAGCUCAGUGUUAUCUCCCGCUGCACACCUGGGAUGCUCCAUUGGAUCCGCGCAAACCACAAGCCCGCUCGAGAGAAACGGUACUACGAUCACUUCAUGGAGUCGCCGCCUUUUCCGCUCGUGUCUGGCGGUUGGCGAGAAGAGAAUUGCAUGGUGAACAUGAUCAUGAAUGCCAAGCACUCCGUGCAGUUGGAAAGCCAAAUCAUGAUAUCAGGUGGCUCUUUGCAGCACAACCGCAUCUGUCCUGCGAUCGUCGCUCGAAUUAGUCAAGCCCGCCGCAAAGGUGAGCCAUUUCACGCUCUAAUCCUGACCAACGCAGCACAGAAGGACGAGCCUUCAUUUCUGGCACGCACGUACUGCUCGCUCUCCAUCCAAUGGUCGCUGGAGCAGCUGGAGGAAUCUGCGUUAGCGUACGGUCUUGCGCUGGACGAGCUAUGGCAGCAUCUUCAAGUGGGUUCUCUCGAGUACGAUAACGUGCUGGUUAAAGUGCAUUCCAAUAUCCUGAUUGUGGAUGGCAACUACGCACUGCGAUCGUCUUCAAAUCUGGCUGACCGCAGUCUAAGUGCGCGUCCCAAUGAUACGGAGCUGGGGUUGCUGUUUUCUGGACCUCGCGUGAAUGAACUACAGCAAGACCUACUCAACAUGUACCUCGGUACAGUGGGUGAGAGUUACUCGUGGAGUCAAGUGUUUGAGCGUAUUCGAGGCUCAGCAACGAAGGAACCGGCCGGAUUGAUUCAACCGCUGAAGAAGAAAACGUACAGUCCCAUAUUCACGUGGUUCUUGAUGAAUCUUUUCAUUUACUGCAGUGAAGGUGCUACCGGUGGCCGAGUCAAAGUGACUUACGAAACUAAGGUACUUGGUGACAACAAGCACGAACUCGAGACCUGA